AUGAAGAAGGACCUGUUAUGGGCUGCCCCUUAUGAUGCGCGCUUUCCACAGGUUCGCAAGCAGCGUCAAUGCUUUGCAUAUUACGUUGAUUUCCACCGCUGUAAUGAAUUGAUGGGUAAGGACUACAAACCAUGCAAAUUCUUCCAGAAUGUGUACAAGGACUUCUGCCCAAACUACUGGGUUGAGAAAUGGGAUGAACUUGUCGAGGAGGGCCGCUUCCCAGCCAAAUUCGAUCGCUAG